CUGGAUGCGACCCGCAGCGGCCGGAGUCCCGGUCGAGUCCGCGCCCUGCUCGACACAGGGUUUGCCUCGUCCUGGCCCUCGAUGAUUACAACAGUGCGACUCCGUUUCCCGCGGGAAUACACGGUAGAAUUGGACGGUGGCCUCUUAGUUUUCGUCGCGAGAGAGGAAGAGGCGGCGGGAAGCGUGAUGUAAACGACUUGAAUUUUUCGCUGGACGCGCCGCGACGGAACAUCCCGGCGGAAUCUCAGCGCGACAUCGGAGGGUCUUCCGAGGACUCGUAGCUUUUACGCAAACGUCGCUUCUCGUGUUUUUCGCACCGGACUGGUUCGAGGGGGAUUCCCGAUGCAGCCGAGUAGUUGUCCCCAGGUUCACGGUUUUCUCGCGGAAGACCAAUCGUGCGGUCUAAGUGCCCGAUGUCAGGAGUACUGGUGCAUCUUCCCGAUAGACAAGACACCGCCUGCGAAACGCGCGUACGGACUCGCCAGCCUGGUCCCGGAGAUGCUGCGUGCCGACGUCGCGUGGCCGGCCUUCUGCCAGGCGUCGUUAACGUCCUGGCCGGCUCUGGCGAGGCCGCCGGUCGGUUACAAGACCGCCGUGCCGCAUCACGAGAAGCCGCCGUAUUCCUACAUCGCCCUGAUCGCGAUGGCGAUCGACUCGUCGCCGAAGCGACGGCUGACGCUCGCUGGGAUCUACAAGUUCAUCAUGGACAGAUUUCCUUACUACCGGGAGAACCGGCAGGGCUGGCAGAACAGCAUACGGCACAAUCUCAGCCUGAACGACUGCUUCGUGAAGGUGCCGCGGGACCGGACGUGCGCGGAGGACGGCGAGGACCACACGGCCGGGAAGGGCAGCUACUGGACCCUGGACCCGUCCGCCAGCGAGAUGUUCGAGCACGGCAAUUACAGACGCAGAAGAACGAGACGGCGGCGGGUGCUCGUUCAGGGGAGACCGGAGCUCGCGGGAUUGCCGGUAUCGACCGAAAUUUUAUCCAAUUCAACGAGACAUCGAGAGGCGCAACGUAAGGUUGUUGAAACGAAUGUCGUGGCGAAAGAUGCCGAAAACGAGUGUACAGAUUCCCCAGGACGUAUCGCCAAAAUGACCAUAUUCAGCAUCGACAACAUCUUACGGAAGUCCACGCGAGAGUCGCAGAUAUAGUUUUAAUCCCUCCCGUCGAAGCCUCGGUGACAUCGACGUAGCGACAGCCUAGGCAUUGAUGUACAUUUACAAAAAAAUUAUAAAUUGUU